CAGCUAUUGUUACUGGUGAUUUAGAUAGACCAGCUGAAUUCUUUGGUGUUUCUGAGGAAGUUAUUAUUUUAGCAUCGGUUACUGUUUUCGUUAUUGGUUUUGGUGUUGGUCCAUUAGUUUUUGCUCCAAUGUCGGAAGAAGUUGGUAGAAAGCCAAUUUAUGUCGUUACCUUAGCUGUUGCCCUUGUUUUCAUUGUUCCUUGUGGUGCUGCCCAAAACAUUGGUACUUUAAUUAUUUCCCGUUUAAUUGAUGGUAUUGCCUUUAGUGCUCCAAUGACACUUAUUGGUGGUUCCUUGGCUGAUAUUUGGGAAGGUCCAGAACGUGGUACUGCCAUGGCUAUUUUCUCCGCCGCUCCAUUCUUGGGUCCAGUUUGUGGUCCAAUCUUUGGUGGUCUUUUAGCUGAUCAUGCUCCAACUUGGAGAUGGAUUUAUUGGACUUUCUUGAUCAUUGCCGGUGCUUUCUACGCUGUUUUCAUUGUCAUUGUUCCAGAAACUCAUCAUGGUAUAUUAUUAAAGAAGAGAGCUAAGAAGUUGAGAAAGGAAACUGGUGAUUCAAGAUACAGAACCUUCAGUGAAUUACAAGUAAGAACUUUUGGUCAAGUUGCCAAGACUUCCCUUUUAAGACCAUUUGUUUUAUUAAGUGAAUUAAUUGUUUUCUUAAUGACCAUGUACAUGGCUGUUGUUUACGGUUUACUUUACAUGUUCUUCUUUGCAUACCCAAUGGUCUUCAUGGAAGGUAAAGGUUUUUCUGCUUCAUUGACUGGUGUUAUGUUUAUUCCAAUUGGUGUUGGUGUGAUUAUUGCUACUUUCUGUGCUCCAUACUUCAACAAAGACUACAACAAGAGAGCUCAAAAGUAUAGAGACAGAGGUGAAUUACCACCAGCAGAAUUAAGAUUGAUUCCAAUGAUGAUUUCAUGUUGGUUUGUUCCAGCUUCUCUUUUCGCUUUUGCUUGGUCUUCCUACCCAACUAUUUCUUGGGCUGGUCCAUGUUUUGCCGGUUUAGGUGCUGGUUUCGGUUUCUGUUGUUUAUAUAAUCCUGCUAACAACUAUAUUGUUGAUUCUUAUCAACAUUAUGCUGCAUCUGCCUUGGCUGCCAAGACAUUUGUCAGAUCUAUUUGGGGUGCUUGUGUUCCAUUAUUUACCAUUCAAAUGUACCACAGAUUAGGUUACGAAUGGGCUUCAUCCUUAAUGGCUUUCAUUUCAUUAGCUUGUUGUGCUAUUCCAUUCUUAUUCUUUAAGUUUGGUGCAAGAAUUAGAAGUUACUCCAAGUAUGCUUACUCUCCAAACUUAGAUGCUAAGCAAGGAGAUGCUGAAAACCAAAAGGAACAAGAUUUUGGACAUUAAAUUAUAGAACUUAAUACCCUAUUUCAUUCAUUGCAUUUUAGGCUUGUGCCGAUUAUUUAUUUUUAUUUAGUGUAAAUAUAAUAAUAAUUUAG